UGUGCACAUCAGUCACAGUCGAUUUGUUUCGGAAAAGAAAUCGAAAGUUUUUAAAUUCAAGUUUGGCGAUGGAAAUUGCAAUCAUUGGAGCGGGUGUGGUUGGAUCAACCACGGCAUUUCAAUUGCUUGAACAAUUUGGCAAAAGGAUAUCUGUAACUGUUUUUGCUGUCGAGUUUUCACCGUCCACAACCUCAGAUGUUUCAUCGGGAUUAUGGAGCCCACGAGGAUUGAAUGGCAGAUCUCCUGAGAAAGUGUUGAAAUGGUCAAAAGACAUGCAUGACUUCUUCGAAAAAUUAUGGAAGAGUGGUGAGGCAAAUGAAGCUGGCGUGUCCCUGAUAUCAGUUACUCGAAUAACCACUAACAAUACACAACGUUACAACGAUUUGUGGAGAGAUGUGGUUUUUGAUCAUACGGAUUUGGAUCAAAAAGUAAUUGAGCGUCUAAGCCAACAACACAAACGUAGUUAUACUUCUGGAAUAUAUUUCACGACAUUUACAUGCGAGCCAUCGCUUCUACUGCCCCAUUUGUACAAUCGUAUUCAGGCAGCCGAUGGUCGCAUUGAACGCAAGCGAAUUGAAUCGUUCGAAGAUUUGGACACUUUUGAUCUAGUGAUAAAUUGUACCCGAAUCGGAGCUCAGAAGCUAGUCAAAGAUGACGCUGAAUUGAAAGCAGUUCGGGGUCAAGUGAUGCGAGUUGAAGCCCCAUGGAUCUUUGAUGUUCUUCUUGAUGACUCUGACAAUAGCAAUUAUAUUAUUCCCAACAUGAACACAGUGGUACUGGGUGGGACGCAUCAAACAAAUGACUACCGAAAGAAAGUAGAUGCCAAUGACCGUAGAUUUAUCUAUAAAGGUUGUUCUAACCUGAAUCCGUCCCUAAAACGUGCCGAAAUAUUCAGAGAUAUGGUUGGAUUGCGACCGGGCCGAGAUCAAGUGCGAUUGGAACGUGAUUUAUUCAUCACUAAGCGCGGUAAACAGCUGCAAAUGAUUCAUAAUUACGGGCAUGGAGGCAGCGGAGUGACGCUAUCGUAUGGCUGUGCGAUUAACGUCGCUGACAUUGUCAAUGCGAUUAUGAUGGCAGAUACAAACAAGCGCAAAAGUAUAUUAUGAAAAUAAUCCAAAACACUUCAGAUAAACCGAAAAUAAUUGCACCUUAUCUAUACUUUCGAAUUUCUAUAUAAUUAUCAAU